AUGCUGCGACAACGAGUCCUCUCCGUCCUCGUCUCGGCCCUGGGAGGCAAAGUCGUCGCCGAUCGACCCAGCGACCAGUCCAUCUGUGACUACUAUGCCAGCCAGCGCUACGGAGCGAGCAACGACACGACGCAGCUGCGACUGAUGCAGGGCAUCGUUGCCUACGCCUAUGCCGGCGGCGAGACGCUGCCAAACGCCGCGGCCAACAGCACGGGCAUCUUCAACACGGGGCAGUUCAACGGCUAUGACGUGUACCUGCGACCAUGGUUUGACGGAUCAAGGGCAACCACGAACCUCAACGACCAAGCCGUCGGGGUCAACUGGUUGGACGGAGGCGGCACCCAGCCGCUGAUAUCUUUCCUGAACGGCUCGACGCAGACGGCCGAGAUCAAGAGCGGAACAAAUCAAUACACCUUGUUCACGCACUGGUACUACGUCUUUGGCAAGAUAUUCGGCUGCUCCCGCUACAAGGGGUUUGUGGGCACCAGCUUCACCCCUCUCACGCCGGCCUACGUCCACAAGUUCAUGGACUUGAACCAGACCGAGGUCGGGUACUUUAUCGAGCAGUUCAUCGCCGCCAGCAGGUACUACGGCUUCUCGGACGCGGACGCCUCGACGCUCUCGACGUUUAUGAACGCGCGCUACAACAUCCGCUGCUCGCCGCCGCUCGACGGCCAGCUGUACUCCAUCUGCUUCGCAAAGGAGUGCCCCCUCGCCGCGCCCAACGCCGAGUGCGGCGCGUAUUCCAACGUCCAGCCCUACGGCCUCGCCGGCUCGACGAGCCAAGGCAGCGGCACGCCGCCGCCGCCGCCGACGACGACGACGACGCCGUCCUCGCCCACGGCCUCGACCGCGACGCCCACCACUCCCGCGGCCGCGCCCUCGAGCUUGUCGGGAGGCGCCGUCGCCGCGGCCGCUGGCCUCCUGGCCGCAGCCAUGUGUUUGUUCUUCCGGCGCAGACGGCGAGCCGACGCCGCGACGCCGCCCGGCCCCAGCAUGCUCGACAGCACGUGGUCUCCCGCCUUCUCGUCCCAGCCGGCUUACAGCUCGAAUCUGCGCGACAGCUACUCCAGCCAGAGUCCACACGCGGGCGUGGCCUCCGCCGCCGCCGACGCCCGUCCCCAAGCUGCCCUGGCAUCGUCGUCGCCGCCGCCGCCGCAGGAGCUUGACACGCGCAAUCCUGCCGGGGGGCCCGCGUACUACGGAAAAUAUGCGCAUUGA